AUGGUAUCAUGGAAGUAUUUCCAAGAGGUACAGGCUCAGAACAAAUGCUUCAAUUCAGGUGUCGACGAGGAUGCGGACAGAGGUGAUCUUGAGCUGACCCGAGUCAACGCAUUGGCCAAUCAUCUUUAUCAUCUACGAUAUGAACCGCAGCCACAAAGCAACAAGUACUCAUUGUGGUCUAACAUCGAUACUGUUGACAUGACAUUCCCAAGAAAUGGAUCUAUACGCCAGAGUCAUAGUCUGAAAGUGCUUGAAGAGCUGACGUUGGAGCUACUCAUGGAAUGUGGCAUCAACAUUCGGUCGUGGAUGGGCGGCGCAGUAACCGACAUUCAGUUCAUUGGCCAAUGCGCAGAUUUAGAGCGCCUAGAGUAUUCGUACGACAUUACCUACGACCAGUCGUACGAGGUGAUGGGCUUGCUUGACCCGGACAACUUCCCGCAACUCAAGCAUCUCACGCUGGUGCCUUACACAGGCGAGGAGAUGUACAACCUUCUGCGCCCUUUGCCCACCGAGUCAUUCCCUCACAUCACUUCGUUGGAGAUCAUCGACAAUGAUGACAUGGGAUGUUUGAGCAACAUGUUGGAGCAGAGUCUGUUUGAGCUCGAGCUGCCAGCACUCUUCAAUCUGACACACCUCUCUCUCCGACUGUAUUAUGGAACCAAUUCACUGGACGAGGUCACACCAUGGUUCAACCAAUCACUCAUCGAGUACUUGAAGAACACUCCAUCGCUCACCUCAUUGAGUCUGCCAACGAAUCGACCAUUGGAGGACAAUCGUCAACUCAUCAACUUCCUACUUCAAUCUCCUCGUUCACCAAUCAAACGUCUACAUCUCUGCAACAUGUCAUACCUCCCCAACAUCACCAACAAGUUUGAUUACAUCAGUUUCUUCUUCGAUCUUGGUGAUGACGAUGAAGUUGCCAAUGAGCAGAAGACGGUGGAGAUAGAGCUGACUGAUGAGAUGAACAAGUACUUUGAGAACUUAGAUAUAUCAGGCCUGGGCAAGGCCAUCAAGAACGCGAGCAAGUCUGUUGAGAAGUCACUUGACGACUUUAUAGGUGUACCUCCAACAGGGUCAACCUCAACAGGCGAUUCAACAGGUAACAAUGACACUGGUGCACCAUAUUCAUCAGAUGGAUUCUUUGGCUAUUCAUUCCAAAGUCCUACUAAGCAACAGCAACAGGUGACUUCGCCAUCACCUGCAUCACCAAUGUCAGUGUCAACAACACCUCCUGUUGUUGCAACGACCACGCCACCAUCAUCAAUCUCAAACAAUGCAUCAACUAAGGUUCAAUCUACUGUUGCUGCUACACCAACCUCAACCUCGACCACGACAACCACAACGACCACAACGACAUCUGAACCAUUGAUUGAUCUAGAUGAACACAAUGAACAUUCUGGCACUGUGCUUGACCUAUCACCUAUACCUACAAGGCGCAACAACAGUAAUAACAGUCGAGACAAGAAUAGCGAUGAUGAUGAUGAUGACGACGAUGACAGUCAACAACCAUUAUAUCAAGUCAACAAUAACAGUGACAAUGACACACAAGAGUUGAUAUUGGAUGAUGGCGAUGCCUCAAGAUCAUCCAAACUUCGAUUAAACAUCGAUCUGGACACCAACGCUUCAUUUGGUGCCGACGAAGACAUUGACAUACCCGACAUACCCGAGCCUGCGACCGUGUCUUCUCCCGUGGCGGAGGCACAGGUCAUCGCGGCCCCGGCUGUCCAGCCAACCCCAAGUGCGACACAUACUCAGACACAGGUUCAGCCACAGGCUCAACCACAGACUACACAUACUCAGCCACAGACUCAGACUCCUCAGACUCAGACUCAUACAAAGGAACUGGAGGAGAUGAGAUUGAAGAUCAAGGAGUAUGAGAGCAAGUUCACCGCAUUCAAUGUUGUUAGUCAAGAGAAGGAUAGAGUGUUGGGCGAAAGAGAGAAACAGAUACAGAAGCUAUCGACACAUGGUGCACAGUUGCAAAAGACAGUGGAUCAGUUGUUGUAUGAUAUAAGCAAGUUGAACAAUGAUCAGAAGAAGGAGGACGUUGAGAAUCUGAAAGAGGAGUUCUCACGUCGCAUUGGUCAGAUCGAGAAGAAGUUGAAGGAUACGCAGCGAGAGCGCGAUUUACUCAAGAGUGGUAACGCCAUGAGUGAGUCGAUGGCCACGACGAUCAAGGAGAAGGACGAUCAGAUCGCCCAGCUGAUGACCGAGGGCACCAACCUGUCUCACAAAGUGUUGCAGCUCGAGUCCACCGUCAAGAAGCUGCGCGCACAGGCCAAGGAGCACGAGGAGACCAUCCAACUGAUGACUGACCGCAUCAAGACGACUGAGGAGCUGUUGGCCAACAAGCAGGAUCGUCUGAAGGGUCUGGAGGAGGUGGACAAGCGAUACCAGGACACGCUGAUGACCAUGAAGGAGCUGACCGAGGUCACCACCAAGAAGUACGAGGAGAAGGACAUUGUGGCGGAGAAGUCAGUGAAGCAGGCCAGCGAGCUGCAGUCCGCGCUUGAGAAGGCCUGGAAGGACAUCUCCGACUUGAACAAGCAUCACGCCAUCGAGAUUGAUCGCUACAUCAAACAGAUCGACGAGACCAAACAAAAGACGCGCGAUGAGGUCAUGAUGGUCGUGUCGAACGAGCGCAAGGAUUGGAAGAAGCGAGAGGAGUCCCUCGAGAUGACGAUCCAGGAGCAGAAGGCCUCGCUACAGCGCGCGAGUGAGCGCUCCAGCUGGAAGGAGGAGGAGCUUACCAAGGAGAUCCAACAUCUCAAUCAAAGAUGUCGCGAGGCUGAACAGCGCAACGAUCAGCUGGGUGCAUCGAUCCCAGACACUACACGACCCCUGAUCAAACAGAUUGAAGCACUGCAGAGUGGUAAUGAAGCCAAGCAACAGACAUGGGAGGCGUUGGAGAGGAGUCUGCAGCAGCAGGCCAAGGAAGCGAGGAUGGCUGCCGACGCGGCCAUUCAAAACGAGCAGGAAGCCCUGGCUGAGCUUGAGGAACUUUCUGGACAAAUCAAACAACUGGAGCUUGAUGUAAAGAAGGAACGAAUGAGCAACAAGCAGAUCAAUGCAGAGCUGGCGCAGGAGAGGAACAAGAUCAAAGAGCUGGAGACGCAAAGCACCGAGGUCAAUGCCAAGUUGGACAAGUUCGCGCAGCAAAAGCAACAGCUCGAGAGACAGGUUGCCCAAUACGAGGAGAGCUUGGAGAAGGCCUACAAGGACUAUAGGGAGGCCGAAGAGAUGAGGCAAAAGGAGAGAGAGAUUGAGAGAGAGCGCAGAGAGGAGGAGAAGCGAACAUCUGGAGGCAGCCAGUCAUCAUACGAAGGACCCGCCACACCAAAGAUGUACGGGCUUAGGAAGAACCCAAGCCAGUCGGACUUCCUCCAGCAACAACAUAAUCUUAUGCAACAACAACAUCAACAAAUGAGUCCAAACUCAUCAUUCCCAAUGGAGGUGUACCAAGCCAACAUUACACAAAAGGAUGGAGAGAUAGCCAUACUGCAGUCCAAGCUGAAUACAGCAGAGUCAUCAAGGAAGAAACUUGAGGAUCAACUGAUCAAAUUGACUUCAUCCAACGAACAACUGUUGCUGGAUUCAAAGGAGCUGAAAGGCUUAAAGACACAGGUCAGCGAGAUACAACAACGGUACAGCACGGCGUUGGAAAUGCUGGGCGAGAAGGAGGAGCAGGUCAAUGAGUUGCGGAUGGAUAUCGUCGAUAUGAAAGAACUUUACAGGAACCAAGUUAACGAACUUUUAAGCAAGAUAGAAUCAGAUAAGAGGUAG